GCCUCUGUAUUAUAUUUUAUAAUUAAUGAUAAUAGUUUUUGUUUAGAAUCUUUUCCAAAAGCUGCAAAUCAUUUAUUUUAUCCUGAUUUGGAUUGUAUCAUAGAAAAAAGCUAUUUUCUAGAAGCUAUAGGUAUAGUAGAAAUCUUUAAUCAAUACUGA